UCACUCCAAAAGCUUCAGCUGUGGCAGUGUUUUUUUAUUUUACACCGUACUUUCUUACUUAGUUAGUUAGUUCGAUAGUGAGUACUGCGAGUGUCCGUGAACAUGCACCAAGAAACCAGAAAACCUCAGCAGGUUUCGUCUUUUUCCAUCGCGGACAUUCUGGAUCCCUCGAAAUUCACAGGGAGGCACAGGGAUGCCCAGAGCGAGCAGAUCUCCGACUACAGGAGCAAGAGAAGCUGCGACGAGCUGUCUGGCGAUGAAAGUGCCGAGGGGUCGGAUGAAGUUUCAACAGCUUCAGAGUCAAAGCAGAGCCCUCGUAUCGGCGGUAAGGCUAAAAUCAAGGGACGGCGGAUGCGCACGGCGUUCACCCUGGACCAGCUGCAUGUGCUCGAGCGCAGCUUCCAGAGCAGCCACUAUCUGUCGGUGUUCGAGCGCCACGUGAUCGCCAAGGCUCUGGAGCUGUCCGAGACACAGGUCAAGAUCUGGUUUCAGAACAGACGCACCAAGUGGAAGAAGGAGCAAGAGGGACGGGAGCUGGAGGAGCUGUACAAGUGCGCCACGUUAGGACCGGUGGUUGUACCGAGCACGCUGCCGCUCGGUACCGCCUCCUGCAACAGGUCGAGUCCGGUGCAUUUCUACUCGGCAAGGAACCUUUUGACCACUUAUCCCGCACUUACACUGUUCUGAGACCAGAUUUGACUCACAAACUACUUUUUUAUUUUUUAUUUUUUUGAAAGACGGAGGCGAAACGAUUCAGAUCGGACAUUUUGGCAAUUUGUUUGCUUCUUUUAAUUUUAUUCUGAUUAUGUAUUUAAUUGUCGCCAUGUUUUAGGCUAUCAGGCAACAAUCAUGGGUUUACAUGCUGUGUAUUAUUAGCAGUCAGGAUUUAAAGUAGUCUUAGCUAGGCUAGCUAAUGUUACACAAAUGUGAGUUUCCAGGAAAAUGGCUAGUUAUAAGAACAGAACUCUGUAGUAGUCAAUGUAGAUGCAAUAUGGUGAAUGUUGGACACUUUUUGGUAAACUGUAGACCAGAAGUAACAUUUUACAAUUCAUUUUUAAGCUUCAUAACCCCUUUAAUAUUAAAUAUAAAGUUUUUACUAACGCAUUUUGCCCCGGUCAUGUGGGAUUACCUGGAUUAAGCAGGAAUUUUUUUUUUUUAAUUUCGCUGUGAAUUUUAAAUAUUUGACAUCAUCUGUUUUAUUAAUCAAAGUGUUAUGGCAACAGUGCAACUACCAAUAUGGCUGUGGUCAGACGGUUACCGACAUAACCAGAAUGUCCAAGACAACACUUUCCACAUAACUUGAAUUUACCUGAGUUUUGGAUGAUGCUCUGUGUGAUAAAUUGACCAUUUGCGUGGUUCGAUUUUCUUAGAAACAAAUCAGUAAAUAAGUCGUAACGCCAUGGAUAUUUUACUGAACAGCGAAAACAAAUUCACUAGCCUGAGCAGAGAAGGUUGCUUAAGGUUACAGGUUUACAGAAAAUUCAUAUCGUUAUCUGUGUAUUUAAAUGUCAUGUAAUAUUUAUGAGUUGAAUCUACAUAUUUAUGUCAUUUUUAGGUUUUUAAUCAUGUUUAAAUA